AUUCGUUCCACUCAUUUCACCAAGAUGUCAUUUAGACUAGAUCCCUUUCCUCAGCUUACAAAAAUACUUUUGAAUUCCUUUCUUAAUGCUCGUAUUCUCAUCUUUACAACUGUCAUCGCCAAAAUCACUCUAGAUCGUCUUUAUAAAUACUCAGUGAUCGUCAACCCUCUAGCUUAUGACGCAGACGGAGAACCUACUUUGGAUAUUCUCGAGUAUCAAAACCCCACAACCGCCGAUAGCGUUUUCAAAGCACUCAAUAGCUAUGGCCAAAAGGGCAGACAAGCUUACUUGAACUAUUUAUUUUUCGACGUCAUUUUCGUUCUUGCACGCACCGUGCCCUUUGUUGUCAUCUGUACAUGGGCGUAUGAGAAGGCACCCGAGCGUUUCCGUCCUGGCGCUUGGAUCCCUCUCUUGAACGCGAUAGUCGAUUUAUUCGAAUCGUUCAUGCUUUUCGGCGUCAUCAAAGCCUUUCCUCAACGCAACAAGACGGCAGAAAUGAUCACAUGCUACGUGAUUCGCUUCAAAAUGCUUACCUUCAAAUUCACUUUGGGCUUGAUGUUUGUUUCGCUGUUGGUCGGUGUCUAUUACGGUUUCCACGGAUUGUUGGCAGAAAGUGUCGUAUUGGAUAAAGGUCGAAGAGACAGAGCAAAGGCCAGAGACGAUAUUCAAGAAGUCAUCCGUCAAUCAGCAGCUCGACGUGCUACUGCAGCCGCCGCGGGUCGAUCCAAACAACUCGAUAAAAAAGUAUUAUAAUUGUAGAAAUAUUUCCCAUCUCUCUCUCGCGUCAUAAUAGCAAUCUAUUUAUUAUGCAUGUUUGUUUGCUUCCCUCUCUGUAAAUAAAGUGUCAACUCUUCCCCGAAAACUAUUGAAACAAAAAAAUAAAAAUAAAAAAAGAAUCGAGCUCUAGACUGGCAAAUGAGUAGUAUAU